CGUCAAACAUGGCGGCUUUCUGAGUUUGCGAAGACAAACUGAGGUGUAAAUAAACACACUGUACAUUAUUCUGACGACACAUUACCUGCAACCUGCACGUUAUUGAUGACCUACUGUACAGAGGACAAAAAAAUGUCGAGCGACGGCGGUAAAAAACAAUUCUGGAAAAGGAACACGGCGAAGGUUCCCGGCAGUAUACAACAUGUUUAUGGAGCCCAGCAUCCUCCUUUUGAUCCUCUCCUACAUGCUAAUUUGAUCAAAGCUGGAAACAAGCCUCCCUCAAUGAGCACGCCAGGCAAGCCGAAGAAAGCCACGACCUUCCAGGAGUUCGAGAGCAUCACCAGCGACGCCUGGGACGUGGGUGACGAUGAUGACGAGCUCCUGGCCAUGGCUGCCCAGAACCUGAACAUUGAGGUCGUCAUGGAGACGGCCAAUAAGGUCAUAGAGAACCACAGCAAGCUCCAGGAGCAGAGGCAGCAGCGGCAGGAUGACAUGCUCAAGCCCGAAGAGAAGGAGGAAGAGGAGGCACGUGAGGAGGAUGUAGAUGAGCGGGGGGAAGAAGAAGAAGAAGAGGAGGCGGCGGAGACGACUGCGGAGCUGUCCUUCAGCUUUGAGCGCCUCCCCCACAGUGACAGUCGGCUGGUAAAGUCCCACAGCGAAGCGCCUAUUGGCUCCCCAAAGGUCCUGGCGGAGGAGAGGGCAGCCCUCCAGAGGCAGCAGUCGCUCCCACACCGGCCCGUCAUCCCGCUUGUGGCACGCAUGGCUGACCAGAACACAUCAGGAACCCCGGCCAUGACGGAGAGGGAAGCUUUCAGACUGGACAAGUUCAGGCAGCUGCUGGCAGGGCCGAACACCGACCUCGAGGAGCUUCGGAAGUUGAGCUGGUCUGGAAUUCCACGGCAAGUGCGUCCCAUCACAUGGAAGCUUCUGUCAGGCUACCUGCCUGCCAACGCAGAGCGUAGAGCCAGCACACUGCAGAGGAAAAGGCAAGAGUACUUUGGCUUCAUCGAGCAGUACUACGACUCCCGCAAUGAUGAACAUCACCAGGACACCUACAGACAGAUUCACAUUGACAUUCCCCGGAUGAGUCCGGAGAGUUUAGUGCUGCAGCCCAAAGUGACCGAGAUUCACAUUGACAUACCAAGAACUAAUCCCCUUAUUCCUCUUUUCCAACAAGCUUCUGUACAAGAGAUUUUUGAGCGGAUUCUCUUCAUCUGGGCGAUCCGGCACCCAGCCAGCGGCUACGUGCAGGGCAUCAAUGACCUCGUCACACCCUUCUUCGUGGUAUACGUCUUUGAGUACAUUGAGGAAGAGGUGGAAAAUUUCGACGUUUCCAGCUUGCAGGAGGAGGUGCUGCGGAACAUCGAGGCUGACAGCUUCUGGUGCAUGAGCAAGCUACUGGACGGCAUUCAGGACAACUACACUUUUGCCCAGCCGGGGAUCCAGAGGAAAGUGAAGGCCCUGGAGGAACUGGUCAGCCGGAUCGAUGAGACAGUGCAUCGACACAUGCAGCAGUAUGAGGUGGAGUACCUGCAGUUCGCCUUCCGCUGGAUGAACAACCUGCUGAUGAGAGAGCUCCCACUGCGCUGUACCAUCCGCCUGUGGGACACCUACCAGGCCGAGCCGGAGGGCUUCUCCCACUUCCACCUGUACGUGUGUGCUGCCUUCCUCGUGCACUGGAGGAAGGAGAUCCUGGAGGAGAAGGACUUCCAGGGCUUGAUGAUUUUGCUGCAGAACCUUCCCACCAUGCACUGGGGCAACGAGGAGGUGAGUGUGCUCCUGGCCGAAGCCUACAGGCUGAAGUUCGCCUUUGCAGACGCACCCAACCACUACAAGAGAUGAGGCUGGGAGUGCCUGCCCCUACUCCCUCCCCAGCACGACUACUGCAUUGAGACCCCCAGCUCAGCCCGAGGCUCUUGGUACCCCUCGGUCACCUAGAGUCUAAGGUGGCGUGUGAAUUCCGUGUACAGCUCUUGCCUACUGUCCCUGCAGUCCCUUCUUUGUUCUUACUAACGUGAGCACUCCGGACAUCAGCCGUCACCCGUCUGUCAUAUCGAACCCAAAGAAAAGACUCUUGCUUCACUUCAAAACAUACUGACAGAUUCAAACUUUUUCCCACCGAUGCUGUUUAAAUCUCAGCCCUCCACCACCAGGUUUCCAAGCGAAGGUAUUUCCUGAAGGCUGAUGCAGUUUUAGCAGUUUAUUAGAGAGAAGAAAAAAAAACAAACACUACGCACCAGAUAAGGUUAUAAGUACUGACACUUCGUGCCUGUGUGUGUGCGCUGAGAGAGCAGCUGUACGACACGUGACGGCUCCAAGCGUGCUCCUGCAUCCAAUGGUCUCCAUUGCAAAACUCCGUCGCUGGUCAGGCAUUCACAGCAUUAAAGGCAAUAACGACACAUAGCUCAGACAUGACGACAGAAUGCAGACGUAUUCCAGACAGCCACAAAAGCUGCAUAAGAACGCUCCCUGGAAGUAGAAUCAAAGAACACUUUAUCUAAACCUAGGUCUACCUCAGGAGCCAGUCCGCUCGGAUUGGCGGCGAGAUGGAAUGCGUUACGUGGGUGACACAUCUGCCUCCAUGUUAGAAUAACAGCCACGAUGUUCAUUCCCUGAACACUUGUGUUUGUUUAUUUAUUUAUUUUUUUAUAGUUUGCCUUAAUUCGGCUGUUUCGAUCGUGCUAGGAACUGUCUCAGCCAUAUGCCGUCAGAGGUGACUGGAGCAGAGAAUUGUGUUGCUUCGAUGAAUUAGCUUUUUCAGUUACCUAAUGGACUGUCAUUUGAAAUCCCUGUAUGGCACAAUCGUCCACAUUUGCUGCAUGGCACUGUGGGUAGUAAGUGUGUUUUGGGGCAGUCAGCUCUCAACCAAGCAAGUGUUUGCAAUAUUCAAACUUUGCGCCGUGUACGAUCCUUUUGUCAAGCUUUUACAUUUCUGUGCCAGUUCUAACAAGUGAUUAAUAUCUGUGAAAAGGACAAAAAAUGCACUCAAAGUCUAUUUUCCUGUUUUGUAUAAAAUGUAUUCACUAAAUUAGAUUUUUUAACCCCCCUCCCCUGCCGUUUUAUAUAUUGUUUAUACAAACCUAUUAAGUUGUGCCUAACCAGAUAUAGAGGAUACCAUCCCAGAUAUUUAUUUUACUUAAUGAUAAUUUAAAGUGAUUUUGGAACAAAAGGAGCAGAAGCUUUUCAACUGGGGUGUUGGCUGGUGGAGUCCUCCUUGUAACUGGUGAGCGUGCCACCGUCACUGGGCCCUGGGUGGUGAUGAGAGCCCUCACUGCUGAAGGAGCCUCACGCUGGGUCUAAACACACUAACUGACUCGCUGUCUGAUCUUCCUGACACAAGACUAACGUCACGUACCGCGCUGCUCGUUGCUCUCGCUCGCUGCCUCUCCGGCUCCGUCGGCGUUUUUACUUCCUUUUGCCAGUGCUGAGGUGGUUUUGUUUUUUUUCCCCUCUCCCCAGCCUUUCUGGUGAGCGUCGUGUUUGACAGGUAAUCCUGGAUACCUAGGACUAGGCUUAUUUUCAGGGUGUAACAAAAGGAGAGUAAGAAUUUUUCUCAAAUGUUCUUGAAUUAAAAUGUGUACAGAACAAUGACUUUUCAGAGAUCUGUAAAUAGAAAGAAAUGUGUAAAUAAAUGCUAUAUAUGACCAAACCAU